AUGUCCAAAGCCAAGUUUCUGCGUGAAUACAAACUUGUGGUCGUCGGAGGCGGCGGCGUCGGAAAGUCUGCUUUGACAAUCCAAUUCAGUCAGAAUCACUUUGUUGAUGAAUAUGAUCCAACCAUUGAAGACUCGUAUCGCAAACAGUGCAUGAUUGAUAAUGAAGUCGCACUCCUAGACGUGUUAGACACAGCUGGUCAAGAAGAGUAUUCUGCAAUGCGAGAACAGUAUAUGCGCUCAGGCGAGGGCUUCUUGCUUGUGUACAGCAUUACAAGUCGAAGUUCUUUUGCAGAAAUCGCCACGUUUCACCGCCAAGUCUUACGUGUGAAAGAUAGAGACUAUUUCCCCAUGGUCAUGGUGGCAAAUAAGUGCGACUUGGAGAGUGAAAGACAAGUUAGUACAGCAGAAGGUUAUGCGAUGGCUAGGUCCAUUGGCUGUCCUUUUGUUGAAACAUCCGCAAAGCAGCGAGUAAACGUUGACGAGGCUUUCAAUGACCUUGUCCGGGAAAUCCGUCGGUUUAUGAGAGAAGAAACAAGCUAUCGUGGAGUAUCGUCCCAGGAAGUACCUGGCGAGAAUGGUAUACUAGCGGCAGAUUCUUUACGUGAUAGUGGCGUGGAUAAGAGCUGCUGCAAGGGGUGUGUCACGAUGUAA